GAUAACAAAUCCAGAUAAAACACUUUAUUUUUUAUAAAUAAUAACUUAAUACGCAACCCACAUACAGAUAAAGUGCAUAAAUCGAAAAAACAAUCUAUAUUUAGAAUUAUAACCGCGGAGAUCGCCCGUAGUGUAAUUAUUUCGUUUAAAAUUAAUUUUUAAAGCAGUUUUAAAUAAAAAUGAAAGUUGCUAUUGUCGGUGCGGGUGUUGUGGGAUUAACCACAGCUGUUGAGUUACAAAAGGAGGUCAAAGGCAUCGAUGUAACGAUUUUUGCGGAUAAAUUUUAUAAGGACACAACGAGUUAUGUUGCUGCGGGGCUUUUUAGACCCGGGACAAGUUUCGCUGGACCAACACAAGAAAUUACAAAAAAAUGGAUUGUUGAUUCAUACAAUUAUUGGGAUAAAAUUCGAGUAACCCCCGAAUCCCCCAAAGCUGGAAUAACCGAAAUUUCCGGUUACAUUUUUUCAAGCGAACAUAAACAUUUAACACGAAAUCAUUACAUAGAAGACGUCGUUCCUUUAUACCGUAGCGCAACGGAAGACGAAUUAAAUUUAUGCCCCGGAAAUUGGAAAUACGGAAGUUUUUUUAGAACGAUUUUAACCGAAUGUACGAGAUAUCUCCCUUGGAUAACCGAAAAAUACACCGCGCUAGGUGGACGAAUUCACCAAAAAUCAAUUAAUUCGUUUUCGGAAUUAACCGAUUUUGAUUUAAUCAUAAAUUGUUCUGGAUUAGGUUCAAAAUUGUUGUGUAAAGACCAUAAAAUCGUUCCGAUUCGGGGACAAGUUUUAAAAGUAAAUGCGCCGUGGUUAAAAACGUUUUUUUACGGCGAUUUCGACACUUACAUAAUCCCUGGGUUUGAAACUGUUACUUUAGGAGGAUGUCGUCAAUAUGAUUCGUACGAUUUAAACGUAAAUAAAUUCGACUCAAUGGCAAUACAAGAACGAUGUUACUCAUUAGUGCCUAGCCUAAAAAAGGCUGAAAUCGUAACAGAAAAAGUUGGGUUAAGACCGCAUCGAGACCCUGUUAGAGUUGAAAAAGAAUUAAUUGAGGUUAAUGGGAAAAGAAUUAAGGUUGUUCAUAAUUAUGGACAUGGUGGGUAUGGAGUUACAACUGCCCCAGGAACUGCGUUAUAUGCAGUUAAAUUGGUUAAGGAGAGUUUAUCAGGGAAUAGUAAAUUAUAAAUUUUUUGAUUUAAAUAUAUAUUAUUUGAGAUUCACUUAAUAAAAUAAAUAAUAUAUGAAAUAUC